UACCUAUUCAAUCCGCUCUCCUACAACAUCAUGUCAUCCUCAUCUUCUCGCACAUUGGGAGAGCAGAAGCUCCCCAAUGAUAUUUUCUACUACAUGGUAGAAGAAGGGCACAUAGAGUCAUGGAGAGACAUGUGCUCCCUCGGCGCGACAAGUCGCGCCCUAGCUCGUGCCAUAAGGCCAUCAAUUUAUCGAAAGGAUGUCUAUCGUUGUACCCAUCAAGAAAAUCCCUACGUAGUGGUAGACAAACAACCCCCCGCUACCGUUUACAAUAUGUUCGCUGCGGACCGCUCGAAGAAUAUCGACGUUUCAAGCGCCGAAGACGCCCAUAGUGAUGUGCAACGGCCUAUCUCUCGCAAGGACAGUCGCCGAUAUAGCCACGACAACUCUUAUCUGUCAAGACACGAGGCACAUUUGAGGCGACAUACCCGUUACCACUUGACAACCUCGGCGAUACAUUGGGCAGCAACUUACGGCUUUGUUAAGAUGACUGAGGAUAUCCUCAACAAUGCCCUCUACAUCAAUCACGAAUACAUCGACCUGAAAGUCCGUGGAACAAAAACGCCGCUUGCGAUCGCCGCACAGAAAGGUCACAUCGAGAUCAUACGCCUGCUUAUUAACAAGGGAGCCUUUGUAGACGCGCCAUCCCCUUACUCGACUACUUACACUAGGCAAUGGUGCAGUAAUGUAGCUACGUACAUCGGAGACAACCCUGCCUGUCGGGGUAGACGAAAAAAACAUUUCUGUACGCCUCUUUCACACGCCAUCAUGUAUGGACAAGAAGAAGCCGCGCUCCUCUUGGCACAGCACACCGAGCAUCUGAACAACGAUGGUUGGCGUCACAAACCAACCAUUAUAUCCCCCCUUACCCAAGCAGUGAAGAAGAAGAUGGUCAGUGUCAUUAAGUUAUUGCUCUCUCGAGGAUAUGACGACGGCACCGAAAGUAAAAUAUACGGCGAGGAGUUUGAGCGAGAAUGGGAGCCAUUGUGCUUCGCCGCUAUGCAUCAUGACGGAAACGAAGAGAUGCUAGGUCUACUUCUCGACAACGGCGUCGACAUUGGCGUCCUAGGUAUUUGGGGGUGGUCAGCCAUCCAAGUUGCCUCCAGCCAGCACCAUUUCGACAAUGUCCGCUAUUUACUCAGCCGCGAGGAUCCUAGUUUUACCGGUUUACGACUUCGGGAUGUCCUGUUACUAGCUGCGAUGCACGACUGUAAUUUUGAAGUUGUGGAUGCAGUUUGUAAGCACAUGAAUGCAGCAGGUGCAUUUGAAGUAAUCGCCGAAGGGGUUUUCUACUGUGAGCCUAAGGUACGCGAUUACCUCGUCAACAUCCUAACUGCGGGGAUCAAUAGAGAUUAUCUGCGACCGGGUCAAACAUGGCUUCAUUGGUUUAUUGAGAAGUACAAGAAUCAAGAGUAUCCCAACCUAUGGAAGGAAACGACUAUUCUGGUGAAGCAUUCCAAGGGGUUGCUUGAUAUCAAUGCCCUAGAUGCAGAUGGAUACACAGCUCUCGAUUACGUAGACAUAUUCAAAGUUAGGAAGGCAGAGGAUAAUAUCAGGGAUCUGGGGGGUCUUCGGGCGUGUGAAUUGACAGAACAGGGAACGAAGAAGAUUACGGAAUCCUCAAAUGAUAUCGAUUAA